CACUCCGCUUGGCACGACAUCGAUCGGUCGUCGACUGAACAAUCAACUCGAGGUGAAGCCGCUGCUCGCCUGUUAUCGAACGAGCUGCUCAGCCGCAUUAUUGCGUCUUCAUCUACCCUUGUUGACGGUGGAGUCGACGAGAUGAAGGCCAAGACGCUCUUUGGUGGUGUGGAUGGAUGGCAGAGCGACGAUUGGACGGCCAGCGACGACUCUGUGCGUGGGGGUAGCUCAAAGUCACAUCUGUGUUGUGGGCAAGAAACUGCCCACUUCUAUGGCACGCUCGACACAAAGACGCUGGGCGGCGCCGGCUUCGCUAGCCAGCGCACCGUGUCCGACGACCUGAAGCUGGAUUUGUCGGACUACGCCGGCAUUCAGCUGGACAUCGAAAACGGCGAUGAUAAACGCUACACAUUCAUCCUUAAAGACGACCUCAAAUCGCCCGGCAUUGAAACCGGGCGCGAGAAAUCGUCCAUCUCUUUCGAAUGCGACUUUGACCUCGAAGACGUCGCCGACAACACCAUCUUCUUCCCCUGGGAUGCCUUUACGCCCACCUACCGCGGUAAGCCGCAGAAGGACGUCGCGCCGCUCGAUGUCAAGAACAUCAAACGGGCGAGCAUCAUGGUCCGCUCGUUUUUCGAUGCGCAGUAUGGAGACUUCUCCCUCACGCUCAAAAGCAUCUCGGCGCUGAGUGAGGCGCCUCCUCCUGACGGUAAACAUCCCCCGCUGUCAGGAAAGAUAGACGAGGCGGAUGUGGAGAAGGGUGGUGUAGCGGCAGCAUCACCUCGCCGUUCCACUUUUGGUAAUAUUAGAUUGCUAAUCCAGGAACGUCGGCGCGCGGCAAUCUAUGCUGUUGUUGGCUUAGCGGCCUUCUGUCUUCUAUACUCUCGCUGCGCCUGGUAAGAAUGGACGAAUGUACGUCCUGCAGAAUGCUCAUAGCGGAAAUGGGGACGGAAACUUUGGCCAUGUACGCAAUAACGAUGGACGCUGGUGUUUCUGCUGCAAUAACGAAGAAUGAGAU